UGAUAUUUAUAAGUUAAUGUAAGUUCAAAUAAGAAGAAGUAGAAUAAGUAGAAGAAGAGGAAGUAGAAUUACCGAAAGUAGAAGUCAAACUACCGAAAGCGGAAGUAAAAGCCAAGAGAAUUAAAUUUUUAUUUUUUUUUUUUUUCUUUUUUGCUUAAUUGAGCCUUGUAGAAGUCUCGGCGCCGAUGACGCGAGAAUACAUAAAAGCCUGGAUUCUGUUCUGCUUCUCUUCUUCUUCUUCUAUUACUUCUUCUACUAUUACUACUACUACUACUACUACCUCUACUACUACUACUCCUCCAUGUCAAAACCUCGUCACUUUGGCCGCGGUGGCUACGGCAACGUCACCACCGAACCAGAUCAAGACUCCUCCCAGGCCCCCGUCCAAGUCUUCACCUCCCCGCAGCAGACCUUCCACGCCGGCCGCGGCGGUUACGGCAACGUCCAGCCCGUGCAGACCAUGCCGACCCAGUCGCCCGAGGAAUACCUUUCUGAGGUCGACCACGCCAUGACCGUCAAGAAAGGCGACGUCUUCAAGAUCGGGCGCGGUGGCGCGGGGAACGUCUACGUCGAAGGCGAGAACGGGGCAGAGAUCCCUGCCGACAGCGUCGAGCGAGGACGUCCGGCUGGCGAGGCAGAUAAUUCUCAGAAUCAGCAGCAGCAGAACGAAGGCUUUUUCGCCCGCAUCGGACGUCGCUUUUCGUCGGGAUCAAGAAGUCGCAGUCGCGAGCAGCAUCGCGAGCAGCGGGAGCAGAGUAAGUCCCGCGAGCGCCGUGAUCAGCCACCGGCUGUCGAGCGACGAAACAGUUGAUUUGUAUUAUGUUGAUUCUAUUCAAUUUAAUAUGGCGCUCUUCUUUUCCUCUCUCCUGUUUUGUCUCGUUUCCAUCCUUUGUCAACCCCAAGCGUAGGCCGUCUUGCUCUUCCUCUUCCUCUGUUUUCGGCGUUUCUCGGUUUAGUCUCUGCUCCGCCCAGACAACUCUCGGCUGAAGCUCAAAAGUUCUGCUUAUUCUUUGAUUGUCUUCUAUCGUUCUCUAUUCUCUAAUUGUAUUCAAUAAUCCACAACUAUUUCCAUUCCUAUUCUAUUCCUGCUCCUACUGCUU